ACCACCAGAAUCGAAUGACCAGGUCAUUUCACUACGAUGCCUUGCACGAAUAGUGCCCAUACCUCGAAUUGCCAGACAUAUCAUUCUGGCUGCGACAUGGCAGUCGACUACCAUUCAUGAUUCCCUCUAUUUGCUGGCGAGUUGCUACGACCCAACAAGUUGCCCUGGCCGCAGGCACUCUUGCUUUAGUAUGGCAAGCGCCUUGGAUUCGUGUUGCUCGACAGAUUUUGCCAACGUCGUUUCUACAAUCCUUGUUUAUGGGUGUUUUCAUCGGUCCAUUGGAGUCUCAACACGGAACAGAAGACGCACUGGUGCGCAGACGAUCAUUGACACAACGCGUGGAGGAUUUCCAGCGUGAAAAGAUGCAAUUCAAUGCAACAACCUCUGUGUUUGAAUUUGUCAUUUAUGAAAACCAGCGAUCAUGGCCAUUGACAGGCUGGCGCGCAGCAACACUGCCCUUUAUCGAUCGAGCACCGUGGACAGAUCCUGCCAAGAAGCCGCUGGCUCCAAAGACCGAAUUUCAACUUCCAGAAACGAUUUAGGCACAAUCUGGUGCGUGGACAUGGUCAUGGACGGAUACAGAAUGGCGGCUUGCGUCAAAAACAGAAACGGAUGCACUUGGAUGGACUUAUGGCACUUUGCUAUGGUCUGUGUUCGAUCGCCAUCCAAAAGGUUGGAUGUCCACACGUUAUCGACGAUGGGCACGCACAGCAACAUUGAC